AUGCCGGCUCAAAACAAAAUACCACGAACUCCACAAACAAACAAAACUAACCCUAAGAAGGCGUCUCAAAACAACGGUGGUCACAACCGUACUCCGUCCGCAGCAGCGACACCACUGGGAAACAAUACCGCAAAACGGAGCUCUGUGAAUAUCCCCAGACCGCAGCUUCAAUCGAUGGCACCUACUGCUACCCCCGCUGCCGCUGCUGGCCUUGGCUAUGAUAAGAUCCAGCGGGAUGAGGUGGAGGCGCUUAAGGCAAUCUUCGGGGAUGACUAUGAGCACGUAGAGACGGCGAGUGCUUGGAAUAUAUCCAAUAUCUCCUUUAAAAUCCGCAUAAAGGCUCCAUCAGAUAAAGAAGUUUCCUGUGUACUCUCUGCUACCUUGACCGCUACUUAUCCAAAGACUGCCCCAAAUUUACGCCUGACUGAGUAUAAAUCUAUCCGCCCAUACCAGCUUGGGACGCUCGAGUCAAUCAUCAAGGAGACCCCAAAAACAUUACUCGGCGAAGAAAUGAUACAUGCUAUUGCCGUAGCAAUUGAGGAUGCACUUGAGGAUAUCGUUAGAUCAAGAAUAGCAUCUCAAGAGAAACCUUCUCUAGAUGAAGAGCGGACGCAAAAAGCAAAAGCAGCACAGCUACAGGCCCAGCAAGAAGAGGAAAGGAAACGAAAAUUGAAGGAAAAGGAAGAAUUAGAAAAGCAACGCCAACUCGAAAGACAGAUUGCCGAGGAGCUCAGACGACAGAGGGAACAAGCUCGAGAGUCCCACGAGAAACAUAAGCCGUUAGAUCUCGAAUACGAGGAUGCCGAUACAACUGAGGACUAUAUUCUGUUCGACCGUAAGGUCGAGAUCAAGCGGGGAGUUUCGGGUACUUCAUAUGUUUUCCGCAAAGUUUGCGGAAUGGUGAAGAUAGCUACAGGGCCCACCAUGUCCGUAUACACAGUCCGACCUGUUCUCCAAUCAAGCGAAGUAAACGAUCUUCCACUUGUUCUCAAAGAGGUAGACAUACACGACCGCUAUAUAACAAGUGUAGAUGGCAAGCAAGAAAUCACAAAACUAGAGGUUGAGCUGGAAGCUCUGAAGUCCCUAAAACACAGUAGUGUAGUCGAACUAUACGAGAGUAAAGUCUCCCGCACCACAGAACCAGAAGCAGGAUGGAGGAUUUCUGUCUUGAUGGAAUAUUCAAAUAGAGGAAGCCUUCACGACCUGCUGGAAACCGUGGAUACUGUCAAUGUUGCUACAGCCCGAUCCUGGACAAUUUCUCUCCUAGAAGCGCUCGACUAUAUUCACAAUAGGAAUGCAGUCCAUAGAGCAGUACACGCCGGAAAUAUUCUACUCUUCCGUCAAAGCAUUGGAAAUUCAACUAUCCCUAAAUUCACAGAUAUAGGUUAUACUGCGUCGCUUCUUCACAUAAUAGACCGUGUUGACGAUGUAUCCCCCACUGCAUCCUCUCUAUCCUCCCCCAAAUCAGCAUUCUGGUUUCCCCCGGAACUAUCACACGAAAAGAACUCUCGCCCAAACCGUAAGACCGAUAUAUGGAAUCUUGGUGUCGUAUUCCUACAAAUGAUUUUUGGCUUGAACAUUGUCCAGAAGUACAACUCUCCUGGGGCUUUAUUAGAGUCUGUCGAAGUGUCGGAUUCACUCUCAGAUUUUCUUCAAUGUAUUUUUAAGCACGACCCCAAGAAGCGUCCUACCGCAUUUGAGCUCUUGCCGUCCGAGUUUCUCCGUAAUGAUGACCCUAUUUACCCUCCAGAGGCCCCGCCUUCACCUAUGACUUCGCGUGCGCGCAUCUCAUGGUCCAAUUCUGGUUCUGGUGCCAAGAAUAACGGUAAACACCGCCGUGAUUCUAUUAGCGGUCCCGUGGGCGGAUCAAGUAGGUACGAGAACGAUUUCACCGAGCUUGGAAGCCUUGGAAAAGGAGGAUUUGGAAAGGUUGUGAAGGCUAGGAAUAGGCUAGAUGGAGGGGUCUAUGCGAUCAAAAAAAUCACCCAAAAAAGUGGGACGAUGUUGACUCACAUCCUACACGAGGUGAUGCUGUUAAGUCGUUUGAAUCAUAAAUAUGUUGUUCGCUACUUUACGGCAUGGCUCGAGGAGGAAUAUCAAGGCACAGGAAAAAGCGGACGUGGGAUGAAGGGCACAGAGGAAGAAGAGGAGGACAGUGAAGACGAUAGUGAAGACGAUAGUGAGGAAGAUAGUGAGGAAGAUGAUGAUGAUAGCAAUAGCCAAGCUAUCAGCUUCGGGGAGAGUUCUGAUGCAGCCGAAAGGCAGGGAAAGAGCAGUCGUGCUAGCGAUGGCGGGGUAGAGUUUAUUGCGAGUAGUACCGGUGGGUUAGAUUUUAUUUCCAGCGGCGGAUACCCAAAAAUUCAGUUUGGGUAUGAUGACAGUGAUGAAACGGAAGAAUCCGAGAGCUCGGAAGAAGGGACCCCACCGGGAGGGGAUGCGAAAAGCAGUAGUGGAUCCGGAACUAGGAGUCCUAAACAUCGGGUUGUCCAGAGGAGGAUGAGUAAUGAUAAGAGCAGAAGGUGCAACAUUACGUUGUACAUUCAGAUGUCUCUCGCUGAACGCCAGACUCUACGUGAUCGUAUCCGUCAUGGUCUAGAGGUUGAUGAGGCGUGGAGGUUACUCCGCCAAGUCCUAGAAGGACUGGCUCAUAUCCAUGGGCUUGGGAUAAUCCACCGGGACCUAAAACCGGAAAAUAUAUUCAUUGAUCUUGCGGGAGACCCCCAAAUUGGUGACUUUGGGCUUGCUACGACUGGGCAGGUCACAAGUAAACAUGGUACCGGUAAUGGAUCACCGGACAAUAUGGAUUCGGAAGACUUGACGACGAAUGUUGGAACAGCAUUGUACACCGCGCCAGAAUUGAGGGAGAAAGCUGGGAAGUAUAACGAAAAGGUAGAUAUGUAUUCCUUAGGCGUUAUAUUUUUCGAGAUGUGCUAUCCUCUCAGGACUGGCAUGGAGCGCGAUGCUGUGGUCCGCAAGCUACGUGAAAAAGAAAUCGAGUUUCCAGCAGAAUUCUGGACGGAGAAGAGAUCAGUACAAGGGUUGAUCAUCAAAUCGCUAUUGAAUCAUGAUCCUGCUGAGCGUCCAUCCAGUACAGAACUUCUCAAUUCAGGGAAGUUGCCACUGAAGGUUGAAGACGAGACCAUCCGAUUGGCGUUACAAAGUCUUUCAGAUCCUGGUACACCUUAUCACCAACAAGUCAUGUCUGCACUUUUUUCACAAAGCACAAAGGAGUAUAAAGACCAUACAUACGACCCGGGAAAGAGCAAUCUCACUGCUCAAGACUUAUUGCUUCAGAGUAUGGUCAAAGAGCGCUUGCGAACGAUUUUUCGACAUCACGGCGCUGUCGAGACUACUCGACCAUUGCUUCUUCCAAGGAGUAAGUUCUACAAUCACGAUGUUGUCCAGCUCCUUGAUUCUAGUGGGGCAUUGGUGCAGUUACCUUAUGAUUUUACAUUGCCGCAUGCACGGUCACUCGCAAGGCAGGAAGCGCCAAGUCCAAAGACAUUCACUUUUGGGACAGUAUAUAGAGAAAACAUCGCAGGCGGACAGCCGAAGAGUCAUGGAGAACUAGACUUUGAUAUUGUCUCGUAUGACUCUUUGGACUUGGCUCUUAAGGAGGCAGAGGUGUUAAAGGUGAUUGACGAGAUCAUUGAUGCGUUUCCGAGCCUAAAAUCGGCACAAAUGUGCUAUCAUAUCAAUCACGCAGACCUUCUCGACUUGGUAAUGGAUUUUUGCCGAAUCAAUCCUGUUCAUAGACCUGUUGCUAAGGAGAUAUUGAGUAAACUCAAUACGGGACAAUGGCAAUUGCCACGCAUUCGGAGUGAACUCAUUACAUCAAAGCUGGGGAUUUUACCCACAAGUCUUGAUGAUCUUGCGAGAUUCGACUGGAGAGACGAGUCGGAAAAGGCGUUUCAACGGUUGCAAGCGCUAUUCGAAGAGUCUCACUUAGGGAAUAAAGCAAAGGCUGUGUUUACGCACAUAAACUCUGUUAUUCAUUAUAUGAAACGCUUCGGCAUCAGUCGCAAAAUCUAUGUCAACCCUCUUGGAACUUGGAACGACAAAUUCUACCGUGGUGGGAUUGUAUUCCAAUGCAUUGUGGACUCGAAGAAACGAGAUGUCUUCGCAGCAGGUGGGAGGUAUGAUAGUCUAAUUCAGAGCCUUCGUCCGAAAAUGAGAGGACUUGGAGAGGAAACCCAUGCGGUGGGAUUCAACCUUGGAUGGGAGAAACUUACUAUAUCUAUGUCCCGAUAUCAACGCUCAUUUUCAAAAUCUCAGAGUAAGAAAGGCGAGGAUGAGAAUAUUGGUACCUGGGCUACUCGAAGAUGCGAUGUUCUCGUUGCAUCCUUUGACAGCACUACACUCAGGACCCAGGGAACAGCGCUACUCCAGGAGCUGUGGUCGAAUGGUAUUAAUGCCGAAUUAGCAGGUGAUGCAACUUCAAACGAAAAACUUGUGAAUAUGCAUCGAGGCGAUGGAAUCUCAUACAUCAUUAUCAUCAAGCAAGGCCUUGUUGGUCCUGGCGAAAGAAAUCUCAAGGUUAGAAAUCUCUUCAGAAAAGAGGAUAUAGAACUUCGCACCACAGACCUCAUCACAUAUCUUAAGAGCGAGCUCGCGGAACGUGAUCGCAAAGAACGCAGCAACCCCAAUUCUCGUCUACCUCGCCACAACAGCACCAAUGAAAUCCCUCGCAGCAGUGGAGUAGACGAUGUUGACAUGGAUGUUCGCAUCCUUACCCGCGAUAGGAAAGGGCGAAAGAUCACUCGAAAUACAAUUAUUGAUGGAGCCCAAAAUGCAGCACAAGAACAAGUCAAAGGGUUCCGCUCAGCUCCUAUCGUGGCUGUUGACAUCCGCGAUGAUCUUCUAGAGGCGAUCAAGUUCACAACGAUGAAUGGCGAGGUCUGGAAGAAGGUUAUACAGAAUGCACCCGCAGCAGACAGGCGAUAUGUGCAGCAGCUUCAUGAAAUGCUAGAAAAUCUUGCUACGGAGGGCGAAAAAAGCUGUUUCAUCUAUAACUAUAGGACGGGGGCUAUGGUGUUUUAUUAUCUGGCGUAA